AUGUCUGCAGGUUUAGACAUGUCUCUUGAUGAAAUUAUUGCGAAAAGAAAGCCGAGAGGACCUAUCAGGAAUGGGGGAGGACCUACACGUUCUAGUGGGAUCUCAAAACGGUCAGGGGGUCCUGUUAGAAAUACACGAUCAUCACAAACAAGAAAUCGGCCAUAUACCGGGACUUCCACAGCGACAUCGAAUAUUGCUACCUCACCUGAAGGAAAAAUUCUUGUUUCAAACCUCGCCUAUAAAGUGUCCGAGGCGGAUCUUUGGGAACUCUUCCAAACGAUGAUCGGCCCUGUACGUCAAGUCAAUCUCAAUUUUGACCAAAGUGGACGUUCGAAGGGCACCGCAUCCGUAGUUUUUGCGAGAAAAAAUGACGCUGUUCGAUCUGUCGAAAAGCUCCGUAACAUUACUCUUGACGGCCGCGAAUUGAAAAUUGAAUUUGUCGUUACUCCUAAUGUUGGACCCAUUGCUCAACGUAUUGGUGGUAUCAAUGAAUCUCGUCCUCCUACGCGCGGUACUGGCCCCCCACGUGGAGGUUCGGUACGGGGCGGUCGCGGAGGCCGUGGAGCCCGUAGGACAGAUAAUAGACCGAAAAAAACUCAAGAAGAAUUAGAUGCAGAAAUGAGUGAAUACAUGCAAAUUGACGAGGAUUCAUCUCAGGCAGCUGACUCUACUAAUGCUCAACUGACUCAGUGA